AUGGCAUCCCGUGUCGUGCUCAGUCUGCUCUCCCUGGUUGGUUUGACUUCGGCAGUAACUCCAGGGAACAUUCAAAGUUACCUUAAGAGCCAUUUAUCCUCCAGCGCAGAAGUCCUUCUACCGAGCGACCCGGCUUACAAGACCGAUCUAACAGAAAGAUGGAACUCGUAUCAAGCACCGUCUUAUGUUGUGGGUGUAAAGCCUAGCACUGCUGAAGAUGUUGCUACCAUCGUCCGCUAUGCUUCUCAAAAUAAUAUUCCUUUUAUGGGUACGGGUGGCGGUCAUGGUUACACGACAACGACUAGUGCCAUAAAGAAUGGCAUAAACAUCGAUCUCGGCGGUUUCAAGAGUAUCGCCAUAGAUGCUGCUGCAAAUACGAUGACAAUAGGCGGUGCAGUCACCUUUGGGGACGUCCUGAAUCCCGUCUACAAUGCUGGAAAAGAGAUUCAGAUUGGAUCUUGUUCAUGUGUUGGAAUGGUUGGCGCGACCCUGGGCGGAGGCAUCGGCGUCUACCAAGGUCUUCACGGCAUGAUCAUAGAUGCGCUUCAGUCAGUCACCCUUGUGACUGGCAAAGGCAACAUUGUCAAUGCCUCGGCUUCUGAAAACAGCGAUCUGUUCUGGGGCAUCAGGGGCGCCGGCCAAAACUAUGGCAUCAUAACCUCUGCCACUUACAAGCUAUCAGACCAGACCAACGGCGGCCAAGCGCUCAACGGUGACUUUCUUUUUCCGGUCAGCGCAAACGCCACUAUUUUCAAGAUUUUGAAGUCAUUUGCCGGAAAGCAGCCAGAUGCUUUGUCGUUGACUACCGCCAUACAGUACUCGCCUACUCUCAACACGGUAGUGAUCAUGGUCAAUACCGUAUAUGUAGGCGCUGAAAAGGCCGGAAGAGAUGUCAUCAAGCCAUUUCUCUCAAUCAAGGCUCUCCAAUCGAAUGUGACAAUGAUGCCAUAUAACCGCCUGAUCAAGGAAAACCGCUUUGGCGCAGAUGCACUCGGCUGCAUUGCCGGUCUCCCCGAAGCGGCGUACGGCUUGAACUUGUACAACUUUGACGUUGCAACCUACCAAGAGACUCUGGCUGCAUACGUGGAUUUCUACGCGACAACCAAAUUAACAACGUCGUUCAUGGUUACGGAGAUGUUCCCGACAAAGGUCGCCUUGAGCACGCCCGACGCUGCGACGGCGUACCCUUACCGAGGGACGAUGGCUUAUCUGUUCAUGAGCUUCAGUGGCUUCAGUACAGAUGCGCAGGUUUCUGCCAUUUCGAAAUUUGCGUUGGAAAGACGCGCAGCUUUCGUAAAGCUCAACGGCGCAAAGGGGCUACAAGUCUACGUCAACUAUGCGCAUGGCGAUGAGGGCCGUGACGCUUGGUACACUGCAGCGAAGCUUCCCAGACUCGAGACACUCAAGGGACAGUGGGAUCCGCACAACCUCUUCAACUUUACCAAUGGCUUUGAUUACUAG